AUGUUUAUUUACAAAUAUUAAAAAGUUAAACCUUACUUAUAACCUAUCCAUAUCUAUAAAAAUUAAUAUUACUAAAACUUACCUUAAAAACGAAUCGUAAUAUAACAGGGUACUCUUCAUAUAAUAAUAGGUUACUUAGAAAAAUGGAUGAAGAUGAUGAUAUUCCAAGUUUGUCGGCGGAAACCUUUGCAGCAUUACAAGAAUUCUAUGCCGAACAAGACAAACGUCAAGAAAUACUAAACAAGUUGGAAGCAGACAAAAAAUUGAAUGAAAAUAUUAUAUUUGAAGAAAACUGGCAAUUAAGCCAGUUUUGGUAUAAUGAAGCAACAAUACAAGCCCUUGUCCAAGUAAUUGAGAAAAGUGUUCCUAAUGGAGGAAAGGUUGCAUUAAUAUCUUGCCCCACACUAUUUGUACCAGCCAAAAGACAUAUGGGAAAUAGGAUUAGCUUAUCACUUUUGGAAUAUGAUAGAAGAUUUGAAAUUCAUGCACCAGAUUAUAUUUUCUAUGAUUAUAAUAUACCAGAUAAAUUGCCACAAGGUUUAGAACACACAUAUGACUUGGUUAUUGCAGAUCCACCAUUCUUAGCUGAGGAAUGUAUUCAAAAAACUUCAGAAACAAUAAAACUAUUAUCUAAAGAUAAGAUUGUAGUAUGUACAGGUACGGUCAUGAGAGAAAAUAUAGAAAAUCUGUUGAAUUUAAAAAUUUGUGAAUUUGAACCACAGCACAGGAAUAAUCUAGCUAAUGAAUUUUCAUGUUAUGCUAAUUUUGAUUUGGAUGCUGUUUUAAGAUAAACAUAAUUUAUAUCAAAAUAUGUUGUAUAUAUUAUAAUAAAAAAUAAUUAUGAAAUUAGGUGUAGAUUGUGUAAUUCUUCAAUUACCAGGCCACCCUGAGCACUUUGGUAUCUUCUAACAUUGAUAACUAUUUUUAAAAAGUUCUCAGUCACAUGAAUAAACUUAAUGGAAUUUACAUGUUCUGUUACUAUAAU